AUGAUCACGAAUCAUCGCGAACAUUUCCCAUUCUGUCACUCAAUUUUUAUGGCUUUUCUUGGAAUUGCGGGUCCAUUGUUGGCUGUAGGAACGACAUUUUGUUCGUUGUUUCUUCUUGGAUUCCCAUUCAACUCGAUCACUCUCGUGAUGCCAUUCCUAAUUAUCGGUGUUGGGUCGGAUGACGUUUUCAUAAUUAUUCAUGCUAUGCGCAAAACGAAUAAGAAAAUGCCACUCGAAGAUCAAAUCGCCGAAACAAUGGAAGAAGCUGGACCAUCCAUAACAGUGACAUCACUCACUAAUAUACUCUCGUUUGCAAUCGGUAUUUUGACUCCUACACCUGCAAUUUCCAUUUUUUGCCUAUACACAAGCGUUGGACUCGCGGUCGACUUUGUCUAUCAGCUCACCUUCUUUGUGGCAGCGCUUGUAUAUGAGGAGAUGCGGAUUGCUGAACCAGAGAAACCUCCUAUUCGCAGAUGUUGCCAAUUCGAAGAACCUGGUGAGCUAAUUCUCUCUUAUCUACAUAUAGUAUAG